GAUCUUUCUAUCGAACAAGCCAACGGUAAAUAUUAUUAACUCUACUCGUACGUCCGAUCUUAUCUCUUUGUCGUAUUUACUAGCGUUCCUCAUCUACGUUUAAAAUUCUUUUUGUGUAGUGCGUUGAAGAAAAAGUGCUGAAAAUAGGAUAAACUAAAAAUAGAUUUUGGCUCAGAGCUGUGUAUCAGCCAUACUGAACAUGAUCAUUAUCAGACAGUACACAAAGGUUAAAGUGAUCAGUUUGAAGAUAAUCGACGUAUUCCCUACGGAGGACCCUUAAGGAACACUCACACGAAGAAGAAAAACCUCAUUAAGCUCACGCAAGACAGCGACUGAAUAUUCAAUCAGCCCCUAAACAGCAUAUUGCCCCCUUUAACGUUGGCCCCGCAGAAUUAUUAGUGAAUUAUUAGUGAAUUAGUGCUAGAUAAACAGAGGCGACGAACAUGAAGUAAACAGCGUAAUUCUCACUACACCUAUUUGUGCUAGGCGCUGAUUAUGAGAUAAACUGUUGGUAAAGAAAGAGCAUCCCUAUAACAUCCUCGUAGCGGAGGGGUGGUUGGUUGGCUACGGGGCGUCGGGGCGCUCUAUUUAAACGCCGUCGCCGGCACGUUUAAGCGUCACUGUGCGUCGGAACUUGUGAGGAAUAUCCGGAAAAGUUCCUGCCACCUGUUAGGAUGAACCAUCGGCGAAAUGUUGCAGCAGUAGUUUUGGUAACUUGUUGGCUGGUCUUGGCGGUGGAUGGUCUGCCUCGGACCGGUCGGUUGGAGGUUGGGGGAGCCGCUGGAUUGGUUUCGAAUACUGACAAGAAGUUUGAGAGUGAAAAGCGGUUGUCUGUUAACAAUCUACCUCCUUAUUUAGCACUUCGUUCCAAGAGGUCCAGUGAACAUAUAGUUACAGAAUGUAUUUUCAUGACUUCCGACGAAGGUGAAUUCUUUCACAAAGCCAAUGUGGCUGAUGGAAAUGUUUGUGGUAUUUACAUACUCGCUGAGCCUAACCAGAGAGUAGAAAUCAGGUUCAGCUACUUCGAUGUACCAUGUUCAAAUGGUGGUCUUGUAGCGUUUGUUGAUGGAUGGGAAUUGAACGGUGAAUUGUUCCCAAGUCCCUAUGACUAUUUGCUUCCUGUCGAAGGACGAUUCAGAGAAUUCUGCGGCGAGAGGAAAAUCAAACAGACCUUCGUGAGUUCUUCGAAUGUAGCUCUUAUCCAGUACAGGAUGCCACAUAGAGGUUCCGGAUUCUCGAUCACUGUCCAUUUUAUUAGGAAUCCUACACCUUGCAACAUCCUGCUUCAAGGAUUUGAGGAUGUUUAUACAUUGAGGAACUACGAGAAAAGGUCGAAUUGCAGCGUUAGUACCUUAUUUCCAUCUGCUGUGAGAGUAGAGGCUGUGAAUGUUGGAGUUGUGAGAUCAGACACGAGGAGCAUGGAGAUCGAAACAGGAAUAAUUCACAAGUGUCAAAAGCGAGGAUUAGAUGAUUUUGUUCAAAUUGGUGGCUCAACUGGACUUGACAAUUCACAGAUGAUUAUGGCCGAUACAGUUUGUGGAUUGAAUUCAAGGCCAGGUAAAUUCGAGGAAAUGAUUGCUUGUGGCACAACAACCAUACGCUUGGUAUCCAGUGGAGCAUUCGACAACUCUGUUACCAUACGUUUGAGACAACUGCAAAGUGAAGAGGACUUGAAUAGUUUCAUGAGUGUGAUGUGUCCUAUGGAAGAUAUAAAAAAAUAGAUGAUGAAUACCAGCAACUAAUUCGAAGACAAGAAAUCAAUUCGUUCAUUAUGACUUACAUAAUGUUUAUCAGUUCCAAAUAUUAUAUAUUUGUUAAAUUGUAGAUGACUUCUAUUGGUAUAUAAUUAAAACCAUAGGUAACUAUAUGACUUAUAUCAUUUAAUUUGAGGAAUAAAGAAGAUAAUACAUA